AUGGGGGCCGCGUGCUGCCAUAGCGCGCGCUUCAACGACCCGCUGCUGUCGCUCGCGGCCUCGGCCAUGAGCGUCGAAAUGCACCACUUCUACACGCCGCUAACCGCUACGUCCUUGUCGUCUCCUUCGCUCUCGUCUUCCUCGCCCUCGGCGCGACACGCAUCGCUGGCUAAUUACGCAUCUUUUCCCUUUCCGUUCGUCGUGACGCCGGCAGCUCGUGCUGCCACACAAUCGGUACACGAGAAUACGACUACACAAACCACGGACCACGAACGCACAACAAAAAAGAGACCACCGCAGCAAAAGCAGAAAGGACACAAAACAAGGGCCGCGGCGGCGCCAUACGUGGGGCAACAUUGGCGCAAGACGACCCGAGGCACGUAUGUGCCCCUCACGUUGCUGGAGCUCAGCGUUCGUCGGCUGUGUGCCGAAUUCGUGGUACACCGACACACGGCCCUGGACGCUUCGCCUCUGCCUCCAGAAGUGGCCUCGCAGGUCCUGCAGUGGCUGCGACAGCACCAUCUCCUCGACAAGCCGCACUUUCGCGCGCUUGCCCCGCUCUUGCUCGCUCAGUGGAACUUGGCCGGCCUCCAAGAGGUGGACGAUUCGUGGUUUGAUGGCAUUCCAGCGACGACGUUGGCGCACGUCAAGAGCAUUGACGUGUCGGGGUGCACCUACUUGCGCCGCUUGGGCUCGGACACGACGCAAGCGGCAGUCCAGCUGCCCGAGCUCGUCACGGCGUCGUUCCAGGGGUGUUCGAGCCUCUCGCGCGCGUCGAUCGACUUGUUGACGGCGCCGACCAAGUUGACGAGCCUCAACUUGUCGGGCUGUGCCAACGUGGACGACGAGAGUCUGGAGAAACUGAGUGCUUUGCGACACUUGAGAUCGUUGCAAGUGAGUGGCUGUCGCAGGCUGACGGAUAACGGCGUCACGCAUCUGUGGACAAUGACGGCACUGGAGAAGCUGCGUCUCGGUCGUUGUGAACGUCUCACUGAUGCUGCUAUGACUGGCGUUGCAUCGUCGCUUAGUGCAUUGCGGGAGCUGGACGUUGCCUACUGUCGCUUGAGCGAUCAAGCCAUGCACCACAUUGGUCGUGUCAAGAGUCUGGAAGUCCUGAUCAUUCGCGGCUGCCAUGACGUUUCGGAUGACUGUAUGGCAUUUCUCGCUGACCUGACAAGGCUCAGGUACUUUGACGCGCGGCACUGUCACAAGAUCCACUCUAUCCCGACAUUGUGGUCGCAGCUUCAAGUACUACUGCUUGGACACACAUCGUUUGCUGAGUCCGACACAGCUGUCUUGCAGCACUUUACUGAGCUACAAGAACUCGAGCUCCGCAAGUGCCAUAUCCUGAAACGAGGAUUUGAGUACAUCAGCCGUCUGAAGAAACUCGCAAAGCUUGAUUUGGGCGAGACGUCCUUGACAGAUGCUGCACUAGUGGAGAUUUGCAACGGCGUCAGCAGCCUGAAGGCACUCAACAUAUCGAACACAGCAGUCAGCGAUAAUGGAACGUUCGGCCUUGCAAGACUGAAAAAGCUGCGCACUCUCCACUUGGACACACAAGAGAUUACGAACAGAGCCCUGGCUGACGUAUGUUUUCUUCCGCAGCUCGAGCGCUUGGAUUUGUUUGGCGCAAAUAUCACCGACGAUGGACUUUUGUAUCUUGUGCAGCUACACGAACUACGAGAGCUGACGAUAUGUGGAGGCAACGUCAGUGAUCAUGGCGUGGAGGUCAUUUCGAAAUUAGCGUCGUUGACGUAUUUGAACCUAAGUCAAAACCCAAAUAUUACGUCCAAGUCGCUCUCUUGUCUUCGAUCUCUGACUAGUUUGCAAUGUCUAAAUUUGUCGAAUACCGGCAUCUCAGCGCUCUCACUGCACCGAUUAUCUCCCCUGAAGGAGUUACAGUCUCUAUCCGUUUACGGGUGUUCCCUGUCGCAGAGACACAUUGACGCGUUGAGAGAUGUGCUACCGGCACUGAAGUGCCUACGCUGCAAUUGA